AUGUCUGGCUAUGAGGAGGAACACAACAUUGCCAAGGAGGAGAAACCAGAGCAUCCCCCGCGGCGGCCGGACCUCUCCACCUUCUUCUCAACACUCGAACUAGUCGAUACCUCUGAUCCUCAGGCACACCAUAACGUACAUGCGCUUCCUGAGCCAGAGAACGUUGCAGCUGCAUUCCGCCUGCUCGCCAAUGCUUUCGAGUUGAUGCGCGGACGAGCGCCGGAGGACCAGAGUCGUGAAGGCGCUGCAGGAAACGACCUUCUUGCAAACAUGAUCGAGAUCCUGAGGCAGAAUGCGGACGACCCUCCGCAAGAGGUGAAGGGCGUGCCAAAUAGCUUCCUGGACGAGCUGGAGAGAGUACCGAAGAAGGCGUUGAAGAAGGAUGACACCUGUCCGAUUUGUGUCAAUCCGUUUCUAGAUGACGAGUACCCGCUUGUUGUGCAGCUACCCUGUCACGAAGGCCACCGUUUUGAUCUCGAGUGCAUUGCCCCCUGGCUGAAGCUGAACUCGACUUGCCCGCUGGAUCGUAAGGAACUUCUCAAGAAAAAGCAGCCGCCGCCCCCGCCCGAUCAUGACGAAGAGGAAUAUGAUGACAUGUACGCUUGA